GCAGAAGUGUUCAACUAAUUUGUCUGGCACAGAUAGACAGAUUGACAGACAGACACACCAGCAGACUGGCAUCUAUAAGCGGCACCAUGAAAACCAACUGCUCCUUCACCGAGGUAGACCGCCUCAUGAAAUCACUGGAACUUGCCAUCUAUGUGCCCAUCUUCGUGUGCGGCCUUGUCCUCAACAUCCUGGCCCUGGUUGUCUUCUGCUUCCUCCUCCGCAAGUGGACAGAGUCCACCAUCUACAUGACCAACCUGGCCCUCCUGGACCUCCUUCUCCUCCUCCUGCUCCCCUUUAAGAUGUACGCCACCAUCCACCACUGGGAGGCCCACCACCGCUUCCUCUGCUCCUUCCUGGAGAGCCUGUACUUUGUGGGGAUGUACGGCAGCAUCUACACCAUUGCUUGCAUAGCCAUGGACCGCUGGGUGGCCAUACGCCACCCCUUCCGCGCCAAGCAGCUCCGCUCCCGCCGGGCCGCUCUGGGGAUCUGCAUCCUGGUCUGGGUGGUGGUGCUGGGGGGCACCUCACCCAUCUACUCGUUCCGCACGGCGGGAAAUGGGUCCUUCCACUGCUUCCAUGGCUUCUCAGAGAAGGGCUGGCGCCCAGAUGUGAUCAGCUGCCUCUUGGGCUUUGGGUUUGUGGGGCCUGCCCUGGUGCUGGUGGUGUGUUCGGCCCAGAGCAUCCGGACGCUGAGGCAGUCCGGCAAAGAGAGCCAUAAGAACAGAGCCUGUGUGAGGAUCAUCUACAGCAGUCUCUGUGCCUUCCUGGUCCCCUUCACGCCUAGCCACCUGGGCAUCCUGCUGCAGUUCCUGGUACGCCAAGACGUGAUCCAGGACUGCAUGGCCAAGACGAAUAUCAGCCUGUUCCUGCAGGUGGCCAUGAGUCUGGCCAACAUCACGUGUUGUCUGGAUGCUCUGUGUUACUACUUCAUCACCAGGGAAGUGAGGAGCUCCAAGCAGACCUUCACCUUCAGGAGGUCCAGGUCUAGCAGCCAGAGAAGAGCCACCACCAGCACCUCAGAGCUCUGACAAGACCCGCGGAGGGACAAACACUGAGCCGAACUGGUUUAAAUUAUGUUUCAACCAGUUUUGCCCACUGGGAAAUUACUGUGUGUGUGAAAUCUUACUAGCUGUGUGAAAAAUUCUGCCACUGUUUGAGGACAAGGGACGUUGAGUAGGAAAUAGGAGUAUUUAUUAUUGAAAACCUAUGCAUUUUGGCCCAAUUUUUCCUUUUGACCUUCUGCAGACUUACCUCGGACAAGAGUUAACCCUAGGAGACCAGGUGUUUUAAUAUGUUUAACUUUCACUAUAUUUCAUUGCUUCGCUUAAGUAAAACGUUUUAAACUUC